UUUUGGAUGAACUGUAAGUAUAUUAAAAAACAACCCAAGAAAACAGAGGUUCAAAAUGUACAAACAAAAAGGGAAACAAAAACUGCAAGUUAUCCAAACAUGGAUAACCCAAACCCAGCAAAAGAGCUCAAAACAAGCAAAACCCCACACCAAAACCAAGCGGUGGUUAAGCACAAACAAGCCCAAAAAAUAGCCACAAGAAACGCCCAAACCAAACAAAGAGAUGGUUAGGCACAACAAGUCACAACUUUACAAGUUCAUGCAGAUAAAGACCAUACAAAAUCUUGUAAACAAUGUGUUGAAUCCUCGCAAAAAUGUCUUCUUCUUUGGGAACAAGGCCAUCAAAGCAUGUAGCAUUCCGGGUUCUCCAGAUCCAGUAGAUGGAAUAGCCGCCUUAGCUUUGAUCCCCGAGCCUUGUCUCUUCCUCUUGAUCCAUUUCAACGAGCUCAGCAUGGUCCCCAUCUCCCUAGGAAUGUCCAGUCACGUCCUGACUCUAUGCCAAACUUUACUUGAAAAGGCACAACUAGAGAUAUUUUUACCAGAUUGAUUGUCAAGAAUAGGAUUCUGUGAAGUAGUUGAAUUGCCAUCACACUGCUCUUUUGUGUGUUCUGGGUAAUGGUUUGCAGGUUGUUCCCAUGCAUGGUUGUCUGUUGGAGGUGAUUGAGAAGCCUUUGAUAUUGAUCUUGACUUAUACCAAACAUGGUAUUUUCUGAGCUUGUCCUUUGAUUAGCAGAAGCAUGCUUGAUUUGUUCAGUAUGAGUUUCUUCCUCUUCAGCAUUCACAGAAUUCACAGUUUUGUUAUUUGUAAAUUUGAAGUUUGCUGGAAAUCCAUGCAGCCUGUAAUAUGUGUCUGAUGUAUGUCCACCUUUCCCACAGUAAUCGCAGAUUUUCCCAUUGUUUUGACUUUUGUUCCCCUUGUAGUUAGGAUUGUAAUUUGAUCCUUUUUAAUUAGGAUUAGGACUGCUUCCUUUGUGAUAACUUGUAACACCAUUGCUUCUGUUGUUUGACCCAGAGACUGCCAUAAUCUUGCUAUCAGUGUCUUGAUUAUAGAUUUGCCUUUCUUGUUGUAUGACUAGGGAAAACACCUUACUCAUAGCAGGUAAAGGGUCUAUCAGCAUUAUCUGUGAUCUGACCACUCCAUACACAUCAUUUAACCCUUUGAGAAAAUGAGUGACCUUGUCUUCAGCCCUAUACUGUUUCAUUUUGUUGAUAGCAUCACAUGGACACUUAAUUUCGCAGGUACAUUCAGAUAAAGGUCUGAGAAUGUCUCAUUCAUCCCACAAUGUCUUCAAUUCAGUAAGAUAAUUGGUAACAUUCAUAUCGCCUUGUUUAAAAUUCGCUAUUGUCUCUUGCAGAUCAACGAUUUUGAACAAAUUACCUUGCGAGAAACGUUCCUUUAGUUCUUCCCAAAUAUCUUGCGCUUUAUCAAACCAGAGGAUGCUCUGAGCAAUUGAUGGAGAGACAAAUUUGAUGAUCCAAGAACUUACAAUGUUAUUUGCUCUCUCCCUGGCAGGAUAUAGAGUAUCGUUCUUUGAUGGCAUCUUUAUCGUUCCAUCUACGAAGCUCAAUUUUUGUUUUGAUAUCAAACUCAUCUUCAUGGAUCUGCUCCAAUGAUUGUAAUUGUCUCCAUCAAGAACUGGAGAUACAAGUGCGAUUCCUGGAUUCUCGCUUGGAUGAACAUAAUAGGGAGAGCUUGGAUUUUGAGUUGGAUCAUUAUUGAAUGUUGUUUCAGAACUUGGAGCCAUUGUUGAAUUUGAGUUUGAGUAGGUUUGAUUUCUAACUCUCUGAUACCAUCUUAGAUAAGUUGCAGAAGAUUUGAGAAGAAAACUUAUGGAAGAAGAUAAUCGAAAUGAAAUCUGUUAGAGGAAGAAUAAUGGUUCAUCUCAUUUCUUCUUAUUGUUCGAUGGUACGGAGUAGCUAUU